GGUACCAGACAGAUUCGCAACUCAGAUAUUGUCGAAAUUGACUUCAAAAUCCUUAUCGAUGGAGGUAAAAGACUACACUCUAGUCUUUUGAAUGCGAUAACAGCACAGAUCCAGAGUGAGGCUGAGGUCGCAGGAGAGUCUCCUGAGUUCUGUGUUUUUUCAUCAUGGCUUGGACCACUGAUAGAUGGAACACACAAGGAGAACGCAUUGACGGGAACAGUUGAUAUGCACAUUGCACAAGCGGUAAGU